AUGGGUGCGGAGGCGGAGUCCAGCAGCUUAGGCGUUGCGGGGGAUGAUGAAGUGAAUGUAAACAUUCGAUGCUCCAAGUUGUCGGUGAAAACGAGCCUCGAAUCGACGGUAGCUGAAUUUAAAGGCGUAUCGGCGCAAAGUUGCGACGACGUGCCCGCUCAACAAAAAAAUGAAUCUGAACAUGAAGAUCUUAUUGCAAACACUGAAGUAGCAAAGAAUGCUGAUACAACUUCCAAAACUGGUGAGUCAAAAAAGCCUCGAAAAACAAAAAAGAAGAAUCGGAGAGUGAGAGACGAGUUAGCCUCGGAUAAUUGGUUGGAAAGUAAAGGACAAGAUGAUCAUGAUGAAGUUUAUCUUGACGAAGAUUGCUCAAAAGGAAUGAAAAAAUGGAUCACUCAAUACCAUCAGAGUAGACCUGGGAUCGAGAUGCUGCAGGAAAGGAUUGAUAACUUCAUAAUGGCCCAUGAAGCUGAGGAGGAAAAGGCAAGAGUGGAGAGAGAAGCUCAGGCAGCAGAAGGUGGCUGGACGGUUGUUGUGCAUCACAAAGGCCGGAAAAAGACGACCGAUGCUGAAAGUGGAGUUGCUGUGGGUUCUGUUGCCCAAGCUGCCGUUGUGGAAAAGGUGGCGAAGAAGAAAACCAAAGAAGUUGGUGUAGGUUUCUAUCGGUUUCAGAAAAGGGAAGCUCACAGAAAUGAGGUCAUGAUGCUGCAAAGCAAAUUCGAACAGGAUAAAAAACGGAUACAACAAAUGAGAGCUGCUAGGAAAUUUCGUCCCUAUUAA